UGUCAACAAAGUAUUGUAUACUUACAGAAAAAAGGGUAAUGUACGUACAGUCGUAUGUAAAACGUGCACAUUAAUUUUCUUUAAAUUUUAUUAAUGUUUUUUUGUAUUUGUAUCAUUGAAGAGUCUAAUGUAUUUACUAAGUUUCCUUCUUAAUUUUCUACGAAUCUUUAUUUAAUAGGCAGUAAAGAUUUCAUCUUAUGAAUAUACUUAUAGGAGAGAGCUAUUAAACAGAUAAGUAUGGCAUAUAAAGACAUACAGCGCCGAUCGAGAAGCUACUGAGAUAUGGGAUGACUUUUGUGGUUUCAAGUCAGGCAUAAGGGCAUUUGUUAGCAACUGUACAGAAUUGAAGCACUGAGUUCAGGUGACAUUUUGUAAUGACCUAUUCUUUUACCUGGCUAGAUCAGUUAUCAACGCAAGCGCACCGGUCGUGUCUUGGUGAUGUUUUUUUUGUAAAGGGAAAAAGAACACACUGGUGUUAUAAAAUAAGUAAAAAGGUUCACGAAUAAAAUAUCUAACAAUUUAAAAUCUAUCACAAGAAUUGAUAAGGACGAAGAAAGUAUUAAAAACGAAAAUGUACGACGCACAACAGUUCUUAAUCCUAACCCUGAUGACAUGUUCAAAAACUUUAAAAGAUUUAGAGUCAAUCAUUGAUGAAAGGCGUUUCAUAGAUUUCGAUGAAAUAGAUCCUUUUUUUGACACAAUUAAAGAAACUGGUCGUCUUAGUGAAAGAGAAUUAGCUAGGUUACCUAGACAGGCUGAAAUAUUCAAGACUUUUCAUACUAAAAAGGGUGUUAAAGAAACUAAGGUCGGUGAAGAGAGGACUGUUAAAGGAAAAAGAUUUCCUAGGAAAAAUAUGGAAGAGGUAAUCAAAGAUGAUAUUGGAAACCUGGAUUUUGUCGAUAGUUUAAACUCUCAUGAGAAAGUAAAGGAUGAAGAACGCCAUCAAUUGGCGGGUCUGAGUUCUACUAGUAAUCCAUUCCUCAAUUUUAUUUAGCUCUAGGUAAUAUGUAAUUUCUGUUGAAAAAUAAAUAUUUAUGCAA